AUGAUAACCCAGAUGAACAAAAGGCUAAUCUUACUCUCAUUCUCUCUGAGAAGCUCGGUCCAGCUUCACAGGCCUCCUCUUUACCACUCAAUCUCUCUCUUGUUUUACUCUUCCUCCAAUCUCAAAAGGUCAAACUCAAAAUCAAAGCCCAAAGUAGCAGUAGCUGAAUAUCUAAUCAACCGGCACCAGUUUUCCCCAGAAGCCGCUUUAAAAGCCUCAUCACCCAUUGCUUUUCUUCGAAGGUCCCGUGGAUUCUUCGUGCCAAUCUUGACACGGCCAUCAAACCCAAAAUCAAGGUUUUGCAAGACUGGCUUUUCAGAUUCCGACAUCGCCGAUCUUAUAUCCUCAGACCCCUGGAUUUUAAGGCGGAGUGCCGAUAAAGGUCUUGGCCCUGCUAUUUUAGUGUUGAAGAACAUUCUGGGUUCUAAUGCAGGUGUGCUUAAGGUUUUAAAGUUAUCUGCUUGGUAUCUCAAAUAUGACUUGGAUAAGACAUUGAUGCCCAAUGUUGAGGUUUUAAAGAGUUUGGGUAUAAGUUCGUCGCAGAUUGUCAAAUACAUUUUUCUUUUUCCGAGAUUCUUUCUGCAUAAGCAGGAGAGCAUUAAGGGUUUUGUUAAAAGGGUUGAUGAAAUGGGUUUUGAUAGGAAGUCCAAGAUGUUCCUAUACGCUAUUCGGAUCAUGAGUUCGAUGACUUUGGAGACCUGGGAACUGAAGGUGAAGCUCUUCCAGAGUUUGGGGUUUUCGGAAAACGAUAUCUUGGUGGCGUUUAGGAGGGCUCCCCAGAUGUUUGCUACGUCUGAGAAGAAGAUUGAGGAGGCAAUAGAAACGCUGCUUAGCUCUGGCAAGGUUGAUAUCUCAUUUCUAGUUAGUCACCCAGAAUUGCUUAUUUGUAGCGUUGAGCACAGGCUGAAACCACGACUACAAGUUAUAGAGAACCUGGAAAAGAGAAAUCUACUUGGGAAAAUACCUAACUUGAGCACAAUCUGCAAGUAUACUGAACAGAAGUUUGCUGAAAAAUUUGUAGUUCCUUAUGCAAAUGAACUUGACCAGUGA